UCUCUCUCUCUUCCACCUCCACUGCACGUUGCUCAAUUUCAUUAAUUCCUUCCAUGUCCUCCUCCUCCUCUCCUCCUCCAUCUCCUCCUAUCUAUUCUCCUCAUUCACCGGAUUCUGAUUUUGACGAAACCGCGUAGUUAAUCCCUAUAAUCACUCUGAUCAUCUCUCCCAAACCAGCUCAUCAUCAACUAAUCUAAAACCAAACAGCGUUUCUGUUUUCGCUUCCAUUCAUUCACGUUGAUCCUCCGCAACCGCCAAGCCAGCCGCUUUUGUCAUUUCUUCUUCUUCUUCACUCUCUGCCUCUCUUUAUCGAUCUCGUAAAAUUAUCGAUCACAGUUAAACCUUAAACCAUCAUGGCGGUUGACUACUAUGCCGUUCUGAAGCUGACACGGACAGCGAACCAGGAGGACGUGAAGAAGGCCUACAAGAGGCUGGCGAUGAAAUGGCACCCGGACAAGAACCCGGCGGACAACAAGGAGGCCGAGGCCAAGUUCAAGCAAGUGUGUCAGGCCUACGAUGUGCUUAGUGAUCCGCAGAAGCGUCAGAUCUACGACGUGUACGGCGAGGAAGGGCUAAACGAGGUUGAGUUUGAUGCGGCGGAGACACGGCCGCCGCCGCGGCGGGCGGACCCGGAUGAUAUAUUGCUUGGGGAGUUUUUUGAGGAGCAGAAUAGCUGGCAGAGGGCGUUUAAGAAGACUUGUAAUGGCGGCGGAGGCGGCGGAGGGAGUGGUCGGAGUCAGAAGAGUGGUGGCGGGAAGAAGGUUGCGGCGGUGGAGAGUAAGCUGGUGUGUAGUUUGGAGGAUCUUUACAAGGGGGCUAGGAGGAAAAUGAAGAUUUCGAGAACUGUUCCGGAUGAUUUUGGCAAGUCAAAGACCAUUGAGGAAACCUUAAAGAUUGAUAUCAAGCCGGGUUGGAAGAAGGGUACUAAGAUCACGUUUCCGCAGAAGGGAAACCAAGAACCUGGCAGCUCUGCAGCUGAUCUUAUUUUCGUUGUGGAUGAGAAACCCCAUGAUGUGUUCACAAGGGAUGGGAAUGAUCUCUCGGUUGAUCAUAAGUUAACACUACUCGAGGCUCUCACUGGAACAAUCGUCAAUCUGACAACUUUAGAUGGAAGGGUACUCCCUAUCCCAGUCAGGAACAUAAUAAAUCCUGGCUAUGAGGAGGUGAUCCCUAACGAGGGAAUGCCAAUAUCAAAAGAUCCCACCAAGAAAGGAAACCUCAGGAUCAAGUUUGAUGUGGUCUUUCCAUCAAAGCUCAGCGCACAACAGAGGUCUGAUCUGAGAAGGGUGCUAGGUGAAGUUGAUAACUAAUUCCGAAUUCAUAAACUUAACUCUAGUUGACAAUUAAGUUAAUUAUUCUGUAAAUAUGCAAUGUUUUGGCUGUUGAGAAGCAAAGUUGUCCAUACUAGUGAAAUAGCUGUCCUAUUUCUUCUGCGAAUGAUGGGAAAUUCAUCUUGUAUAAUGUUUUCUUUAUGAAUAAUAAAAUAGCGCAGCAGCAGCUACUUUUUGCUU